AUAGUCUUGUUUCCUUUUUAGUGUGAAGGAGAAUGUCUUUAUUUAAAGCCCGAGAUUGGUGGUCAACAACUCUUGGAGAAAAAGAAGAAUUUGAUCAAGGGUGUCUGUGUGUAGCUGAUAUUGACAACAGUGGCAGUGGGCAAGAUAAAAUAACUGUUGGUAGCUAUAUGGGAUAUCUUCGAAUCUUUAAUCCUCACCCUGUUAAACCUGGAGAUGGAAUGAAAGCUGAAGAUUUGCUCCUGGAAGUGCAACUGCGAGAUCCAAUACUCCAGGUGGAAGUAGGGAAAUUUGUUUCUGGUACUGAACUACUUCAUCUGGCUGUACUGCACUGCAGAAAACUGUGUGUGUAUGCUGUCUCAGGAACUUUGGGAAAUGUGGAACAUGGGAACCAGUAUCAGAUCAGACUAAUGUAUGAACACAAUCUUCAACGAACAGCCUGCAACAUGACUUAUGGACCAUUUGGUGGUGUGAAAGGUCGAGAUUUGAUAUGCAUACAGUCCAUGGAUGGCAUGCUUAUGCUGUUUGAACAGGAAAGCUAUGCUUUUGGCCGAUUUCUACCUGGUUUUCUUCUGCCCGGUCCUUUAACUUACAGCUCUCGAACAGAUUCUUUCAUUACAGUCUCUUCCUGUCAACAAGUUGAGAGUUACAAGUACCAAGUGCUGGCAUUUGCAACAGAUGCUGAUGAAAGAAAUGAGACAGAGCAGCAAAAACUAAGCUCUGGAAAGAGGCUUGUUAUGGAUUGGGUUUUAAACAUUGGAGAACAAGCAUUGGAUGUAUGCGUGGUGUCCUUUAAUCAGACCUCCUCAGUUUUUGUGCUUGGUGAGAGAAAUUUCUUUUGCCUUAAGGAUAACGGUCAAAUUCGAUUCAUGAAAAAACUUGAUUGCAGUCCAAGUUGCUUCCUUCCUUAUUGUUCAGUGUCUGAAGGAACAAUAAACACUCUGGUUGGAAACCAUAAUAACAUGUUGCAUGUUUAUCAGGAUGUGACAUUGAAGUGGGCCACUCAGCUUCCCCAUAUUCCUGUAGCAGUUAAAGUGGGCAAUUUACAAGAUUUGAAGGGUGUUAUAGUUACGCUGAGUGACAGUGGGCACUUACAGUGUUCCUACCUUGGUACCGAUCCUUCUCUGUUCCAGGCUCCCAAGGUUGAAUCUAGGGAAAUAAAUUAUGAAGAACUUGACCAAGAAAUGAAAGAGCUUCAGAAAAUCAUUAAGGAGUCCACAAAAACACAAGACAUUUUGCCCAAAUCUGAAAAAGAUUGUGAUGAUUUGAGAAUCACAGCCGAAGUUUCAUCUGACUUAGAUGCAAUUUCCCAAGCCAUUGACAGUGAGGUGAGAGCAGAGGCAGUUCCUUCAGUCACAGUAAAGAUCACACUACAGAGCAGAUUGGCUGUGCAGAAAACAAAAUUAUCUAUAUGUGUACAACCUCCUUUAGCAUUGACCCGUGAUCAGUUCAUCUUUGAUUUAGAGUCAUGCGGCUCAAAAGCUGUGGCCCUUUCUGUCUUUCUAAAGGGGAAUUAUCCACCAGCGGAGCUGGAAGGAAAUGUUGUGGCUUCCUAUAGCACACCUACAGAUCUCAAUCCUGAAGGAAUACCAAGAGUUGCUCAGUGCAAAUUUAGACUGCCCUUGCGGUUAAUUUGCUUUCCAGCUCAACCUUCAAAAACAGCAAAUCACAAACUAACUAUUGAUACCAAUAAGCCUCCUGUCAGUCUUGUGAAUCUUUUCCCAGACUUUGCUGAUCAGUCUGAUGAAGAUCAGGUAAAUGUUCUGGGAUUCCAGCUCUUAACUGGUUCUAGAAUCACUCUUCUUGCUUCAAAAACCUCACAGCGCUAUAGAAUCCAGAGUGAACAAUUAGAAGAUCUUUGGCUAAUCACGAAAGAGCUCAUAUUUCGUCUUGAAGAACAUUUCAAGAAGCAAAAUAGUAAAGACUUCACAUGUAUCUUUUCUGGUUCAGUUCCUUUACAAGAAUAUUUUGAACUAAUUGAUCACCAUUUUGAGCUUCGUAUGAAUGCUGAAAAAUAUGAAGAACUUUUGUCUGAAAGAGCCAUACAAUUUAGAGCUAUUGAACGACGAUUACUAAUUCGAUUCAAAGACAAAACCCCUGCUCCGCUCCAACACCUGGACACCUUGCUAGAAGGAACUUACAGACAGAUAAUAGCUCUAGCAGAUGCAGCAGAGGAAAACCAAGCCAAUAUGUUCCAGGCAUUCACAAAGUUGAAAAGUGCCACCCAGUUGGUGAUUAUGCUGAUUAGUUUGUGGCAGAAACUCAGUACUGACCAAGUUGCUAUUCUGGAAGCUACCUUUUUGCCAUUAAUGCAAGAUACCCAAGAGCUGGGUUGGGAAGAAAGUGUGGAUGCUGCCAUCUCUCACUUGCUAAGAACAUGUCUAUCCAAGAGUUCUAAAGAACAGGCCCUGACUCUCAGCAGUCAGUUGAGUAUACCCAAAGAUACUAGCAGGCUGAAGAAACACAUCACCUUGCUCUGCGAUAGAUUGGCCAAAGGUGGUCGCCUUUGUUUAACUGUAGACACAAAUAUUCAGCAAACUAUGGUCAUGCCAGGUGUCUGUACUCCCAUCCCAGAAUCUGACCUGGAGGAAAGGACAGCUAUACAGGGUUCCACAACAAUGUUUACCAACCACAGGCACCUCAUAAAGCAGAAAUCCAAAACUGUUGGAGAACUAAAUGGAUUUGUAGAAACUGGAAUUACUCUGUUUAAACAAGUGCAGAUGUUGCAAAUGCAAGAGAAGGAAAGAUUUGCCCCAGGGUGCACUAGAGGAAACAGAAAAGCCAUGAAAAUCUGAAGAGGAUCCUCCGGAGGAUUUUUCUAUCCGAUGUCAAAUGCAUUUACAAUACAGCUGUACCAAUCCAUGUUACUCUGCUCUAAAUGAAAUCUUCAGAAGGAGACAGUCCCACUAAUUGUACAAAAAAGUUUAUUAGCAUAAAAUUGAUUAAAUCUCCUUGCCAACUGUAGUCUUAGUAUCCAUUCUCUGGAUAAAGCCUAACCAAUUAUCAAAUGGCUGUAGCAAAUGUUAAUCUGCAAUAAUUAGCCUGUCAUAAAGAUCUUGUUGACUGAUCAAAAACUAUUACACACAGUUAAAAGCAACUUUUGUUUCAUGGUUUUAUCUAAUUAUUUUUAGAUAUUCAUUGCCAUUCUCAUAAUGGUACAGUCUGAACAAAAAAUAGCCAUCUCCUUCCCUCCUUUGCUAACCAAUCAGAAUUUCCACACAGCUGAAUUCACAACCAGAAAAAAAGCAUGUAAUCCAACCAGGCUUCUCUGUCCCUCUUGUCCCUGAUUUAUACUUCUGCUCUCAGAAGAUACAGUGUAAAAUAUGGUUAUGUCAAGUGCAAAAUAUCUCCUUCACUUUUCCUAGUAAAUAAGUCAAGCGAAUAAAGAUUCUUACAUUGUCAUUACCUCAAGCACUUUGACACAUGUAUCUUAUUGUGUUUUUUACUGACACAUUAAAUAUGAUGGUACCUUUUGUUAUUAUUAGGAAUCAGUCUAUUCUGGUUUGAGCCAAGAUUUUCAGAUGUAACCAGUCAUUACGAGUGCCUUAAUUUUUCUGAACCCAAUCUGAAACAGUUCAAAGGGGGUCUGAUUUUCACAAGGGUUGAGCUCUUUGAAAACCAGGUCCUGUUAAAGUAUCUACAAAUGGGAAAUCCUAAAAUAGAGGCACCCAAAAUUACCUUUGAAAAUCUUGGCUUUGUUUUUUCCGCACCCCUGGCUGACAUAAGAUUCACUGACAAAAGCACCGGUGUGGACAGCACUGUGUCAGUGGGAGUGCAUCUCCUACUGAUAUAGCUACCACCUCUCAUUACGAGUGGUUUAAUAGUGACGGCCAGUGGUACAGUCCCCCUUCCCUGCUUUUUUGGUUUACACAGGGUGGGGGGUUGCCGGAAAAAAACACGUCUUGGCUACUUUCACUUUUGAAAGCGAGCUCGGAAGAAGAUAUGCAAAUUCUGGGGGCAUUUGCAUAUCCUCUUUUGAUGCUUUAGUGUAGCCUUGAUGAGCCCUCACUGUUCUGACUUCUCAUCCACAGAAGAGAUUCUUCCAGCUCAGCUGUGAAACCUGUUGGAUGGGAGAGGGACAAAAGCAAGUUUAUAUUACUAGUAUAUGUGCUGUUUCUAGUCUGUAGUUAAAGAAGGAAGUUUAUUUUCAAGGACUUCAGUCCAGUAACUUUCUGAAGAACUAAAUCCAUUUUCAACCCCUUUCUCCUCUCUCACCUUCCAAAUAUAGUUUCCUUCUUCCUAUACCAACUGUGCAUUUCCAAUUAGUCUCCAAUGCAGUCCCAUGGUGCUGCUCUAUCAGGAUAUCAACAAUAUUUAUAUUACUGCAGUUAUACAGCGUUGUCUUUUGCAGCAGUUUUUUUUAAAGCGAGCCAAGCAGCUAGGGAGCAGGUGGUCUGAGAACUGGAGUGAAGCUGUAGGGCUUCCAUCCAGAUGGCUUUAUACCCUGGAAGAUCUCAGGGAGCUGCUGUUCAUGGAGGCCAGAAACCUCCCUUGAGGAAAAUCUCCACUUCUCUGGGAUGGAAAGAUUUCCCCUCCUAAAGUGUUCUUCCCUCUCUCUCUCUCCCACGUUUUCCCCAGGAAAGCACUGUCUGACCCGUUGUAAGGAGACUCCACUGCUCUGCUAAAAUUGCACAAUAAAAUAAUCUCCUGUAGUGUCCACACAUACACCUCAGUGACCAAAGAAAAUCCAUGGGGAACUAAUCAAUUACAUUAGCUAUUGGGCUUAAACUUUAACCACAAAUGUCAAAUCUUUUUUAUGGUUUCAGUGGGUGCUAGGUAACCUAGAAAAUUCAACUGCAAUUACUAUUAAAAAUCCUUUCAUGGUACCAUAGAAGUACCAUUACACUGUAGAAUCCUGAACCAAAGAAUCCUGUACUAUUAAAUACACAUAUAUUAUAUGUGGGGAAAAAAAACAUAGGGAUUUAGUGUGAUAUAUUACACUGUAAUAAUUGUCAUUCUUAGGUUUGAUUCAGUCAUCCAAAACUGUCAUUGACUUCAUUGGGAGAUUUGGGUAAGCAAUGAGUAGAGGUUCAUGUCCUUUGUGUUAAGUGCUUCUACUUAUAUUACAUUUAUUUGACAUCAGUGAAACAUGUUUAUGUUUGUGUUGUUCCUGUUCGCCUAUUUUACUCCAUGGUCUACAGAAGGGGGAAAACAUACUAGUUUAAAAAAAAAGAAAAAAAGAAAAUUAUGCAUAGUGGUAUUUUAUGGUCUCUUUACAACAUGAUGAAUUAUGCCAUUGAAUAGUAUCAUCAGGAUUUAAAGCAGAAAUAUUUGCAAUGAGUACAAAAACCAUUUGUUUUUCCCAUGGCCAAAUAAGCCAGAGGAAAUAAGUCGCUGCAAUUUAGUGGCUUAUACAACAGUGCAACAGGAAACAGUAUGAAGAAGCUUUCAUGUGAUUAUUCUUAAUAUGAUUCUUUUCCACUUAAAUCUGGUAUUUGUGGUUGGAAAAAAAAUUAAGGCGAAAUUACAAGAUUUUUUUUAAAGUUAUCUAAGCCAAAAAUAUGAAGGAAGCACUGCUAAUUUCAGGGAACCAAAGUUCAGUUCUCAACAUCAAUGUUGCUGAGACAAAAAAAGAUAUUACUGGCCAAGUCAUUGUACAAUGUAUAAAACUUUGUACCAAUACUCUGUCAGGUCUCAUGCUGAUAAGUAGACCACAUUAUUUCAAAUUGAGGUUGAGAUGUAAAUACAAUUUUCUUAUUUAGAAUGCUAGUUAUUUAUAUGAUAAGAAGGAAUACUCCUAUAAAAACUCUUAUUUUCACUCAACCAAACUUUAAUAUACAGAGUGUCUAUGCUUCAUCAAGUUAUUUGAAAAUAAUAUUAUAUUUUUAUGUGGUUAUUGGAACAAAAUAAAGUUUAAGCAAUCAUUUUGUUAAAAUUAGUUUUAAACAUAUCUAAAUGUAGAAAUAGUGAGUGCAUUCUGACAGUUUAAUAUCAUCUUAUCAGUGGUACCAACUAUUUUUUUAUUCAAAACUAAAUUUGUUUUCUAAAAUAAAUCAUAAUAUGAAAGUACAUUUUAUUUUCUUUGAACUGUUGUGUGUUUUGUAAAAUUUAUAUGUUGAACAAUAUUUGACUGAGGGUUUUUUUUUUAAUUUUGACCUUACAUUUUAGAACAAAACACUUUUGGGGCUUGAAUACAAUCUUGAAUUCAACCCAGCACACUUUUGUGGUUUACCUAUUCCCAAACUGAUUCUUCUGUCCAUUUAGUGUUCACCUAAGAUAAAGAAGAACAACAUUUCUAUAGUUUAAUUAACUUGAUUUCACUUUAAUAAUAGUAUGUUUUUUCUUCUCUUCAACAUUUAUUGUAGAAACUGUAUUAGAGGUAUGUCUGAAUGUAGUUAUACUUGUUCUUGUUAUACAUAUUAAAAGUAAUUUACUGCCAUGAACUUAGGUAUGCUGAGCAGAGAUUGUAAUUUCCAUGCAAAAUCUUUCUGUAGAAAAAAAUUACAGUCUAUGCAUCCUGCUUAAUAAAUAUCUUUCCUUA